UCAGGAAAGUAUUAGAUAGAUGUGUUUUAUUAGGAUGAGACUUCACCAGAUAUGUUUGACUAGGAAUGGGCGUUGUCCAUUAAAUCGAAUAGCAGGGUUUGUGGCGGGACACUCCCCGUGAGCUCCAGAGCCAUUCCUCCACCAACCUUGCCCCAUUCCAAGACCCGCCCUUCGCGCGCUUCCUCUCCCGAUUGGCUCUCCGACCUGUCCAUCACGCUUCAUUUUCCAGCUGUCGCAGCUCCAGGUUUGUGUGCGACUCACACCGGACUGGGAGAGACUGACGAGGGUGACGUGCGAUCAUCUGGAAAUUUUUUCACGCCGUCGAUUUUUUUUUUUUAGGAGCCCACUCUUGUCGUCUGGCUCGAACCUAAAAUUUGAAGCUUUAGAUAUCCACAAACCUUAGUCGAUGCAAAGAAAUGAGUGGAAAAAUCAGCGCGUGGAGUGUAAAUACGGAUCCGGCUAGCUAGCGGGUUAGCCUACCCAAUUAACCUAGUUAGUGCGCUCAGCUAAUUAACUUUUCGCGUUUUGCAGCCUCAAAAUCAAAUGUUUGCACGAUAGUCCGUGUCUUUAAAAGCUCAGAUGGCUGUGUCCUGCCACUUGUCGACGUGUGUUAGCUAGGGAUCCGGCAGCUAAUGGACAGCGUUGCGGUAAAUCUGGGCACUGGGACGGUUAGCUUAGCGAGACAGCUGAGGACAGCACGGAUGUCGUGGCAGGCUCGUUUGUCCCUCCGGGACUCUAGUUGGUAGUCAUCUUAAAUGAUUAAAACCGAGUUUGAGUAGGUGUAUUAGUAGAGGAGACAUUUAGUUUUGAGGAAGGCAUUGUUUUCGGCCCGGCCUUCAAUCUCAUUAGUCUUUGGCCUGGUGUGACAGAUCGGUUUAGGUUUCUGUUGGGUACUUUUUUUUGCCUUAUCGAUUUAAGUGUACCACAAGGCAUCCUGGUUUCCCCCUCCGGCACUUUCGGUUCAGUGCAGAAACAGCCAAGGCCCUUGCUUCAUAUCUAGGCCCAAUCAUUGUUUUGCUCAUGCGUAAAAAAGGCCUUGAUUGCAUGCUGCAUUUUAAAUAACAUUCCCCCCUAAUCACCAGUGCGUCCAUCCUGGUCCUGUUACCCUUUCGUCACGCUUGCAAAAGGGAAGCGGAGAGUAGAACUGCGUCAAGAUCAGGGUUGGGAUCUCCAAACGCUGUGGUAAUGACUCUCGAGUCCAUGAUGGCCUGUUGCAUGAGUGAAGAGGCGAAGGAGUCCAAAAGAAUCAACGCCGAGAUCGACAAACAGCUUCGGAGAGACAAACGAGAUGCGAGACGAGAGCUUAAACUCCUAUUACUGGGCACAGGCGAGAGCGGCAAGAGCACGUUCAUCAAACAGAUGCGCAUCAUUCAUGGGACGGGCUACACCGACGAGGACAAACGUGGCUUCACCAAACUUGUCUACCAGAACAUCUUCACCUCCAUGCAGGCCAUGAUCCGUGCCACCGAGCACCUCAAGAUCCCAUUCAAAUAUGAAGAAAACAAGUCCAAUGCUCUUCUGGUUCGAGAGGUUGACGUGGAGAAGGUUUGCUCAUUUGACCAGCCCUACAUCAGUGCAAUAAAGAUGCUUUGGACAGAUCCAGGUAUCCAGGAAGCUUACGACCGCAGACGAGAGUACCAGCUCUCUGACUCCACUAAAUAUUACCUUAGCGAAUUAGAGCGUAUAUCGUCUACGGGAUAUGUGCCCAGCCAGCAGGAUGUGCUGAGGGUCCGAGUGCCAACCACUGGCAUCAUAGAGUAUCCCUUUGACCUGGAGAAUAUAAUCUUCAGCUAUCUAAGUGAUUUGGAUCGUAUCGCAGACCCAUCGUAUCUGCCAACUCAGCAAGACGUGCUUAGGGUUCGCAUCCCAACCACAGGGAUUAUUGAAUAUCCCUUCGACUUGCAAAGCAUCAUUUUCAGGAUGGUGGAUGUUGGAGGGCAAAGAUCAGAGCGCAGGAAGUGGAUCCACUGCUUUGAGAACGUCACGUCCAUCAUGUUCUUGGUUGCCCUGAGCGAAUAUGACCAGGUCCUUGUGGAGUCUGACAAUGAGAAUCGAAUGGAGGAGAGCAAAGCGCUGUUUCGCACAAUCAUAACCUACCCCUGGUUCCAGAACUCUUCAGUCAUUCUGUUCCUCAACAAGAAGGACCUGCUGGAGGAGAAGAUCAUGUACUCUCACCUGGUAGACUAUUUCCCUGAAUUUGAUGGUCCGCAGAGGGACGCCCAGGCAGGCCGCGAGUUCAUUCUGAAGAUGUUUGUGGACCUGAACCCGGACAGCGACAAGAUCAUCUACUCGCACUUCACUUGCGCUACAGACACCGAAAACAUCCGCUUCGUCUUCGCAGCGGUCAAGGACACCAUCCUGCAGCACAACCUCAAAGAGUAUAACCUGGUGUGAGAGGGAGAGACCGAAAGAGAGAGACACCUGCAGCCCACACAUGGCUGAAAGCACUACACACCUCUAUGUAUUAGACACAUGCACAAUAAUUGACCGCUUCACCCCAUUAGCCACUGGAUCUUCAUGUUCUUAGUCCUUUUAUUUGCCUGUUUUUCUCUGGAUGAGUGUUGACUCUUGGCGUAUCCCUCCAGUUAAUAGAUGUAUCAUCUUCCUCGUUUGUUCUCGGUUAAACAUGAGGGCUGGGCCACUUAAGUGUUGCCUAAUGAUAAAUGGCAUUAAUUUGCUUUGUAGAUGGGCUGCAGGUGAGCUCUACCUGAGUGGAACUAAGGUACGAACUUAACGGAAACACUCUGGGUGAAGAUGCACGCAUCUUUAAUGAAGAGUGGGCAAGAUGCUUAAAGGACAUCCUGUGCGCAUCGAGUCUAAACUUCACCUCGUAUCACUGAAUUUAACCAGGUGUAAGUUUAGCCAUUAGAUGCUACAACACUAGAGGAGGUGGAAGCGAUUACAUUUGGUUUAAUACUAUAUUAGGGGUCAUGUAUAGAGAUUCAAGUUUAUCCAUCACUACUGGCGUACUUUGAAGAGAGAUGAUGCACCACGUGACUUUUUUCUGUAAUACUAGGAAGAUUAAAUGAGUAAUGAAAACCACACCAGUUUUCUAAAUGUCAUUGGAUUUUGUUUUUACAACUCUUAACAAAGUUCCUCCUUCCCAAAAUUGUUUGCAACAUUUGCCAGUUCCUUGUAUUCACAAAUGUUCUCUUUAUGAGGCAUACUGUUUUCUUAAGUUCGAUAUUUGCCAGUAUUGGGUAUAUAAUCAGUACAAUUAAAGGGAUAGAGCUAGUAUGUAAAGAUAUUUACGGAAGGUUGCGAAAGAUUGUGAUUUGUUUACAUGCUGUUUCACAAAUCAGUUAAAUUUUUGGUCUUUUGAACAGAGAAAUCAAAAUAAUGGAUUACCCAGCCAAUUCAUUCAAGUUUCUACACCGUAUAACAUGAAUAUUUGUGUGGAUUUUGUUGUCGUAGAUGUGGUGAGGAACAUUGAAAUCAGAAUAUCCAGUGAUUCAAAUGUUCAUAAAAAUGUUUGUUCCAUGUAGGAUAACACCUCUUUGGGCAGCGCAGUACAAAAGUGCUAUAGAGUUAAAUCAAUUAGUUUUUUUUUAUUUAUGUAAUUUAUGGACCAGAUAUAUAAUGAUGUGGAAAAUUGGACUCACUUUUCCACAUGACCGCACUACAAUGAAAGUGGGGAUUGAGUCUGUACUGCUGUAAAAAUCCAUUGGCAAGUGAUCUACUUUUCUUUUGGUAUUUUGUAAUUGAUUGUCACAGUUCUGUUCUUUUUUGAAUAUUUGAAAUGCUUAAAUGGAAGUUGAAUUUCCACUACAUGAACGUUGCUUUAUACAAAUAGCAAAUUGAGAAUUUAACUGGUCUCUGCUUGCAUUUUCGUAAUUUCAGAGUUUGCUCUUGGUUUCGUAGUACCUUCUUGCUUGAUAGCUUUUUGGAUUCCUUAGUAUGUUUCAUAGCUUUUUUUUUUUUUUUUUUAUCUUUACAAUGUAAUUCAGGUGAGUUUUCAUACUUUCAUAAGGGCUAAUUUUGGGCGGAGCUGACAGAAUGAAGACUCUAUGAAGACUAUAGAGCAAUAGGUACGCAGAAGUUGGUAUAAGAAUUGGGGACGGUGUGGGGACUCCUGCCAUUUCCGUAGGUUCAGCUUGCAAUGUGUCCAGGGAACACCUUGAAAUUAAAGAUAUUUCUGGUCAUGUGAGGUCCUCGCAAUCUUCAGAAUGGAUAAAGUCCUCUUUAUAAAAUUAGUUAUUAGUUAUUUCUCAAGUAAGCUAAUGCAUUUGGACUGACUGCUUUCUCCAGAGUACGAUCAGGUUAAUUCUAUAAAUUGAGGGGUUAAGUGUUAACCGCUUUCCUUGGUCGUGAUAAACGGUGUUCGUUUCACAGUUGUGUUGUGCAUUAUUUGUCCGGUUUUGGGGCCACAGCGGUUAAACAUAUUACUCUUGAGGCUCGUGUACUAGUCAGUUUAUGGCACACCGUACAGUUCACUGUUUUUGGACAACUUGAGAGAUUUAUUGCACAGUGGCGCAUGUACACAGAGGGACUCUUGUCUUAUUCUGUUGAAUUGGUAUUGUAUUAUCUUGACAAAAUAGAAGCUUGAGAAAAUGUGAAUCUACAUUGAAUCUGAGAAGAGACAGAAAUUGCGCUUUUAACAAUAUAUGAACCACAGUCACUUAAGAGUCACUUAUUGGCAAAUAAAAUUUCACCAGUUUGUUUUACCUGUAAUUGAAUGUAUUUUACAAAGUUUCUCUAUUUGUGACAAUUUGCUCUGUUUGGAAGUGUCUGGUUGCACAUCUUUGAAAGGAUGCAAUUCGUAUGCGUUUUCCCACAAACAUAGCUGUAUAUAUUUGCUGUUCUUUGCAUUUUAAAUAAUCACUUCAGUAUCCAUUUGAAACUUUACAGUGCAUUUUGCAUUUAUUGUUUGCCAAAUUGUCAAUCAUGGAAUUCUUAACUGAACAACCCUCCCAUACCAGGCCAGUUAAUCUGCUGUUUAUUUGUAUUUAUUUUUUUCUUUUCGUUUCUCAAAUAUCCAAAAUUUGCAUACAGUAAUGUUUCUUGGUGAAUCUUCAUAUUCCAUUUUAUACUGUGUUUAAUGGUACUGUCGGUGGUCAAUAUGCCAAUUUAAAAGUGGAGGUACUGCAAAUUAUGAUGGCAUUUCUGAACAUGUGGAAGUUUGACGCUUGUGUAUAUACAGGCUUUAUUUUUAAGGGCUAGGCCUAAUCUGCACCUGAGAAACUACAAAUUCAUUCAUUCAUUCAUUCAUGCAUUUUCCUGCAGAAAAAACUAAAGCUAGUCAUUUUGUACCCAUUAAGUACUGAAGUACAGCAAAAACAUCAGGAUUUGUUGCACAGAUGGUAAAAAUUGAUUUGAUUACUGAAGUGCUGUCCAUCAACAUAGUGAUUUUAAGAUUUUUGUCAUUUUCAAAAGUUUGUGGUGAAGGUUGAUAUGUUUUCCUCCCUGGGUCAAUGCACUGAACCUACUCUGCCGUAAGUAAUGGAACUUACUCUACUCUCUUGAUGAAUCUGUUCCUCCAAACUUGUUCCUGGUACUUGGAGAGAUGCAAACACUAAUGAAUAGAAAUGAUGCUUUUGCUUGAGGUCCACACUGUUGUGAUGGAUGCGUACAAUAUGAAGCUAUCUUUUACUUUAUUUUCUGAUGUCAGUGCAUUACCUGAACAAUUGUAUGUAGGACACUUUAAUAUAAUACAUUUGUUUUUGAUAAAACAGGUUAAAAAUAAACUUGUGUAGUGGUGUAUAAAAUCAAAGUAUUGUAUUACUUUGUAAUGUAUUUCUUGUUCAGUUGGUUGCUCUUUUUUUUCUGUUCUUUUUUUCUAUUUUAAAGCAUACCAAAUGUAAAUGAUGUACUAUAUUGAGUGUGCCAAUCCCUUUGAUUUGUAGAGCCAGACUCUUUACAAGUGCCAAUGUUGUGGAAAUCAUUUAAAAAAGGACUUGUGUAUUUUAUGGUCCGGUUUUUAAAACAAAUAAAUAGUAAAAAGUAUGUGAUUAUGGUAAAUAACGCAACAGGAAAAGGACAAUUUUAUUCUGCAUUCAAGAAUAAAGAUGACAAACUGCUGUUUUUAAAAGAAAUUUCAUUUUAAUUGCAUGUUUGUUUUCGGUGGAGAGGGUUGGGUAAAGGAGAAACUGCAUUAACGUGAAACCCUGCUGACAAGGGGCUUAAUUAUUGUUCAUUUACAGUAUUUUAGACAUAUUUCAUUUUUGUAUGUUUCAUUUCAACCACUGUUGCCUGAACCUCAUUCAUACAUGAAAAUGACUUUCAUAGCCUUCUCCUUUUAAAGAAAAAAUAUCCAUUUUAAAUUGGAAUAAAAU